GUCAAUCCGACACAGACGCGAUCUACGUCAAUUCAAGAGCUGCCUUCAAUAACCAUUUUCUGAAUCGCUGCAUCGCUUGUUUUGCGAUCAAUCAGAAGGCGACAAUUUUACGGUUCAGCAAAAACAGGUCAUCAAUUAACAAUGGUCCCCACCAUCAGCUCCUUGCCGGACGAGCUGCUGACUACCAUUAUUGAAUCUGCAGUCUUCGAGGCCAUCUCUAUAGACCGCGAAACUUGUUCAGAAUGUGCGGUUAUCCCAAACAACAUCGUUGUGAAGACUCUGUCACUGGUGUCCCACCGGUUUUGCAGAAUUGCGCAGCCACUUCUCUUUUAUGCUCCACGCGCGCGACACGACGGUAGUGACCUCACCUAUUCACUGAAUUCCAUGGCAAAGCUUCGGGAUACGCUCGAAUCCCGAAAAGCGCUGUGUUCGCGGGUUAGAGUGCUAAACAUUCAUCUUACUCCCUAUACCUCUCACGAAGAUAUGGAAGCCGCCGAACAUAUUCUUAGACGGCUUGCUAGACCAAACUGCUUGAAGCUAGAAGCUGGAAAUUGGUCGCACACACCUCGAGGGCGCUCGCUAAGGGUGGCAGUCAUCGUUGCUGCCAGUCAAUGCUUGACUAGUGUGAGGCAUGUUUACGUAGGAGGACAGUCUGCGAGUCUUUCUCAAAUACUCGAAAGCAAGUGGAACACCCUGGCACGACUGGAUUUGAGACACGUGGGAGUAUUGACAUUUUUAAAAGAUAAGGCAGUUGUAUUCGAUAGUGCAUCUUUCACGGCACUUUCUGUGAGGGAAACAAUGCUUCUACCUUGUGCUCUUGAGGCCAUCGUGAGAUGGCCCAGAAAGCUCGAACACUUCACUUUCAUCAAAUUGAAAGGUUGCACAGCGGCCCUGGACUGGAAUAACAUCCUGCUGCCCAUAAUUAAGCAUCAUUCCUCAACGCUACGUACCAUCGAAAUUUGCUGCGGGAUCGACAACACAAACAAGGAUCCCUCAUUCGACGCCAACCUUUUUCCAAACCUGACGCACUUGCGUCUCCGGUGCUGCGAGGCUAUCAACGUCCUAGGCCCCAGCGUGACACAUUUCACCUGGGAUCUUCCAAAGAAGAAUUCUUACUCAAGCACUGGCGAAAUCAUACCCGACGACCGGGAGGACUGGUCUCAGUUCGGCGAGCGGCAUGAAGCACGUCUGCGUGGCAUUGCCACCGCAGCCGUGGCUCAAGACGCCGCUCUUCGGGCAAUACAUAUUGAAUUCCAUCCGGUCAACGAUGGGCGCGAGGGACCAAAUCCAUGGAACCACUACAAUACCUUUUCGGCGUGGUAUCCGUGGGAGUUGAUGGAUCGUGUCAGGGACGAAGUGCUUAGACCCAGUGGGAGGGAGCUCACGUACUCCGAGCCGCCGUUCGAGACGAAAGAGGCGUGGCAGAGGGACUUCUCGGCGGCGGUGAAGCAGCGAGAGAAUUCUCUCAAGCGUGAGAUCGCGGAAGCCCAGGCUCAGGAGCGCGAGCGGCGAGCUCGUGGAUUGUAGUUGGCGAUUUUACAAACUUGU